AUGUUCAGUAUGUUGCAGACUCCUGUGAGCGCACACAAGCAAUUACGCCAUUAUACACCUCAUGUACCAUCGCCAUUAUCCUCAUCACCUUUACGAUCUUCUCCGCCCGUAUCGCCGCUGGAGCCCCGCAACGCGAAUUUACCAACGAGGACACAGCAGGCUGGUGAUUGUCAAAAUAGUUUCAUGAUGUCACCUGAAUCUGGUGCUUCGAAAACCUCAAGUCCUGACAAAAACCACUCUAAUUCAAUCAAACAUUCACCGAAUAGAGAUGGUGCAUUUUCGAAGAGAAUAACGAAGACGAAUCCGUUAUUGCAUGGACAAGGCGAUGGAAGAGAGACACGAAGAAAGCUGUUCUUGAGAAGAGUUAGAGAAGAUUCGGAGGAUAAAAGGUGGAAAGCGAGAGGCGGUGAUGAUGAGAUGAUGAGAACUAUUUGGAUUGCAGAGCAAAGGAGGCGAGCGGAAAGACAAGCUAGAGAUGUGCAGGGCUGGGCUGUUGAUGUUGAUGAGCAGGAUAUGCAGCUGGAUUACGGCGCUGGAAAUUUAAGUCUCGAUGAGGUCAUGGCCGAGGAAGUGGCAAGGAACGAGGAAGAAGAAUUAGAAGCUUUGUUAUCAUCUAUGACCGAAGCCGAAAGAAGACAAACUCUGGAUGAAGCAUAUGAGAAUGUCUCGACACUCGACGAAGAAAUUGGUCCAAUUGAUGACAAGGAAGCAGCUGCUUGGGCGCGAGGAGAAUUUCAACAUCUUUCAAACCAACACAAUAUGACUGUUAUGGAUGUUGAGCGACAUGUCAAUAGUUCUUCGCCUGAUACGCACUUUGGUAGCGACGAUGGUGAUUACGACGCCAUUUUCAUGGACGUUAUACAACAGGAAUCAUACAUCUCGUACCAAGACAGCCAAUCCAUGGAUGUGUCAGGAGACCAUGAAAUGAUGGAUACGGAGAUGAGUUGA